UCUUCUUCUUCCCCGUUUUCAGGUUUUGUGUCAGUUUAGGGAUCAGAACCUGUUGUCUCUCUGUUCUGUCUGAAGAUCCGUCCGAGCUGUGAGCAACAGCCUCGACCGACCAAAGUAAUCUCUUCUUAAUGGAAGACAUCUUCUCUCGCGCUCUGAGGCGCUUUUUCGCAUCUAUCCUGGGCCCGUGUUCCCAUCGACGAAGGAGGGGCCCCCAGUGAGCGAGGCAAAGGGGGGCGACCAGAGAGACCACCGGCUGGGGGGAGAGAGAGAAGCGCGUCAGGCUCUGUUUAUGUAGGCUACCAUCCGGGACGGAAGCCGUUUUGAGCCGCCGCUGGUGGAUGCCGAUGGUGUGCAGAUUUUUUUUCUUCUUUCAAUCUGAAAGCGCCGAUCCGUCGAGAAGGAACACAUGGAUCUCAUAGGAGAGAGGAUUAAUUAGAAGGUCGUAACUCCUCCGCAAUAAGUCACUCUGGCCCCUUCAGAGCUCUUUGUCCUCACCAGUCAAAGAGCUUCUCCCCGUUGAGUCCGGUCCGUCUAAGGAGUCUGAUCAGACAUCAUGGGAACGGUGUUGUCGCUCUCGCCGAGCUACCGCAAAGCUGCUCUCUUUGAGGACGGCCCGGCCACAGUGGGCCACUACACAGCUGUUCAGAACAGCAAGAAUGCCAAGGAGGCUGCGGCAGCGGCUAAGUCCCUCAAACGCCCCUCCAUUAUUAGUGCUUUGCCAUGGAAACGGAUCGUUGCUGUAUCAGCAAAGAGGAAGGGCUCCAAGAAGCUGCAGUCAGAAGUUGGGGACGGCGGGAAAGGGAGCUCCCCGGAGGGCCACGCAGCCACCACGACCAACUCAGCCUCCAACAGCCUAAAGCUAAAAAAGUCUCAGUCCUGCGCUAACCUCACGUCAUACUCAUCUGGUCAGGACCCCUCGGCUGCCACCACCACUACCUCCUCCCACCUGCCCACCUCCAAGACCGUUGCAAACGUAGCUGCUGUAGUCGCCAAAAAGAAUUCCCUCACAGGACCUGGAAUCCUGCCUUCCACCGCCGCUGGAACGCCAAAACGGAUCAUUGUUCAGGCUUCCACCAGUGAACUGAUGCGUAGCCUCGGAGAGUUCCUCUGCCGCCGUUGUUACAGACUGAAGCGCUUGUCCCCCACAGACCCAGUGCUGUGGCUGCGCAGCGUGGACCGCUCCCUGCUCCUGCAGGGCUGGCAGGAUCAGGGCUUCAUCACUCCAGCCAACGUGGUCUUCCUCUACAUGCUGUGCCGUGACGUGGUCUCGUCCGAGGUGGCCUCUGAGCGGGAGCUCCAGGCCUCGCUUCUCACCUGCCUCUACCUUUCCUACUCCUACAUGGGCAAUGAGAUCUCUUACCCGCUGAAGCCCUUCCUGGUUGAAGCAGAGAAGGAAGCCUUCUGGGAUCGCUGCCUGGAGAUCAUCAACCGGAUGAGUGGCAAGAUGCUUCAGAUCAACACCGACCCACACUUCUUCACCCAGGUGUUUGCCGACCUGAAGAAUGAGAGCAAGAAAGAGGAAGAGAAAACUAAGCUUCUCAUAGGCCUUGACCGAUAGAAAGGAUCUGGAAGGUGAGUUAGGAAAGGUGGAAGGAUAGAGAGGUUACAGUCAGGGAAGGCAAAUGGGAAACAGAGCUGUCUUAACUUAGAGAGAUACAGUCGUCUGGCAUCUCUUUUGGUCCACCAUUUACCAAAUUUCUUGUUCGUAGCCCCAAGGAAAAAAACAUUUCAGUUCAUAAAUAGAAAUGAAAUCACCAGAGCCAGCUAAUGAAUCACUUAUACACAAACAGAUGGCCUGUGGGACAGAUUUACCAUGUCAGAGUCAAUACAGUGUGAGACCCUGAGGUGGUUCCUACACCUUCACACCAAUUAGUCCACUGGACCUGAUCAAAGUAUGACCUCUUAGCCUGAAUAACUAAAGUGACUUGGCUAGAAAAAAGAAAACUCAAGACAUUUUCUCUAACUACAGGUAAACACUGAACAUCAUUCAAAUGGGGAAAAAUGUCUCUUAUAGUGCCUUGCAAAAGUAUUCAGACCUCUUGAAGUUUUACACAUUUUGUCAUGCUGCAUCAAAAAACUGUGGCAUAUUUUAAUAAAUUAUUUUAUUGUACACAAUGAAAUAAUUUAUUUUUAUUGGGACAUACAUGGCUUAGAGCAAGAAGACAUGAUUGUUUCUAGAGUUGGACAGUACAGUAAGUACAGUAAGUAAUUGAGAUACUAUUUUUGAAAAUUGCAAUGAGAAUGUUGGCUACAACAGACCCAUGUUCUUAGACUCUUUCCUCAUCUUUCAUCACAAUGUUUCCACCAGUCCUUUUGUGGUAGAGCAUCUAGGCCAACAAAAAUGUCCAUCCACUGUGGGACCAGAGAACAAAACGAUUUCUGACAUCCAAAAAUUGCAUACAUGGCACUUAAAAUAUAAGAUUCCUCCAAUUAGUGCAUCAAAGCAUUCUUAUCAUAUUAACUGUGAUGUGGCACUCUGAUAUGUUUUUGAAAAAUUGAUACAUUGUUAUGUGACAAAAUGUUGAAAAGUUCAAAGGACUGGAAUACUUUUGCAAGACACUGUAUAAUAUCUCUUAUCUAGAAAGCAAAGUUCUUUUGGAGAUACUAACAGGAAGUAUUUCAGAGAUAUUUUUGAUAUCAGUCUUUAGCCUUAGGCAACAAAUCAAUCUGACCUGGAACUUUUUCAGGGGAUAUCAUCUGAAAUCUUCCAAACUGGUUCAGAGACGGCAGACAUGGACCCACAUUCACAUACAGCACCAAUCAAUAGUAUACAUUUUGAGUCAAUGGCUUGACUUUUGACAAAUAUGUUGUGUUUUACACGCAUUGGCACUAAAUCACUCCAUGAAACCCAAACACACAGCCAACAACUGGCCUCCUCCUCUCAGGCUUACUCUCAUGGUCUUGCUCAAGCUCCUUAGCUGACACCAUGAUGUGGGAGAGGGGAAGUCGAGCAGUAAUAUUUCUCCCCGGUGAAAUUCUCGCUGUAAUUAAAUAUUCCAUCAACAAUAUAUCUAAAGUACUGUAUUUUAAAGGAGCAUUCACAUUUUAUUCAGGAAAACUCCGCAAACCGACUACUUAUAUAGAAGGUUAAGUGAAAUCUUAGUCCUUCUUGCACAGAUCAUUGAUCAUUAAGCAAACCUACCCGCCCUUAAUAUGUUUACAUUUAUGAAAACAUGACAAAGUGCAAUACUCAACCCUCCAGGGCACAUAUUUACAUGGGGAACAGAUUUAGUUGUUUUAAUUGCUGCAUGUCGGUGCUGAAUACUGAAAACAUAAGUAGGGAAGGAAAAAAAGAAAGGAGCAGGGAAGGAAGGAAGGAAAGAAAGAAGGAAGGAAUAUUGUAUUCUUGGUAACUUCCUGUGUCAUGAGGGACGUCCUUAAGCAUAAAUACUGAAACAUCUGAAGAAAACCUAGUCAUAUCAGAGAGUACAUAGAUGUAUUUCCUCUUCCAAGGCAGUUCUAUGACUUCACCGUUUGGUUCUUGAGACCCAGGCUGCCGGUACCAUCCUCCGUCUCCACUGCUCAGUGCUUUCAACAGCAACACGGACAAAACUUCUUUCCCUUCACCUACCUUGCUCCGGACCAGUCAAUCUAGUCCAAACCAGAGACUAGAUACAUUUUUAGGUCAGGCGACCUGGUUGGCUUUAUGUUCUGACCAAGCUGUCUGACAUGCAUGUGUGCUUCUGUAGGUUCCCUAGCAUGCUGCUUUGUGUUGGACACGCUGCACCUCAACAACACAAAAGAGACUGAGGGGUGGUCAUGCUGAACUACUGGAAGUAAGACACCAUGUUGUGGCAUCAAGAUGACAUCUCUCUCAUGGGGGAGACUGAGUGACUUGGGUUAGAAUUUAUUCAUGAAAGAGCAGGCAGUAGCCCUUCAUUUUAAACUUCUAUUAUGUGGUGACAUAGCACCAGGGUUGAAAACGAGCCCACAUGAUUUCCAGUAACUGAAGUUCACUGUAGAAUAGAUAGGCCUCAUCUACACCUCUCCAGAUAUUUUUUGAAGCAGAUUUUUUUUUUUUUGUCCUUCAGUUUGGAAAAAGUCUGCAUCUGCAUUGGCACGGUGCAGUAGGAUUCCAUAUCAUAAUGCUGUAAGGCCUAUUUUGUCCCAGCGGGUGGCGAUAAUGAUGACAAUAAUGAUAUUGAAAUUCAAAAGCAGAGGAUCCUCUUAUAAACCCUCGUAACGCCUUGUUCAUGGCUACCUUUCUGUCUACGCAAAUGACAUCUCAGAACUGAAAUGCCCUUACAUGGGCACCAACUUGUCAACUAAUUUUGUAAUCAGUAUUACUUCAAAGUGAUGUUCAUGACAUCAGAAUGCCCAGUAGGCAUCUACGACAAAAAGCUGGACUUGAACUGGGCCUCAACACCACUCUAAGUCCCCACAUUCCAAAACCCUUUCUAGUUCAUUCAUGCCAUUUACAGAAAUGUGUUUGAAAUAAAAAGUAAUUUUACUUAGGGCCUGGUCAAUGCAAAACAUGUUUUAGGGUCAGGGAUGGGGUUAGGGUUAUGUUUAGGCAUUAAGGAAUGAGGGGAUUGCGAGCGGUGGGUCCUAAGGCUGGACCACAAGACCACUGCCUGGACAGUGUCAGCAUUUGAUUGGGGAAAAGGUCCACAUUUAACCCAGACACCUUAAAUCCGAUGUAGUUGUCAUGCCAGGGCGCAAGAUGGCGAAGGGGAUUUUAACAUGUUGAACCUUAGCUUCCAACUCACUAGCUUCCAGUCCAUUUAGAAAACAGUAACCCGUCUCUGAUGAAUCAAGUAACACACAAAUUCCUAAGUUGUGUUAAAGUGAACAGGUAAAGUAGCAUGCACAGUACAAAAUGCUAUCCGCCACUGUUGAUGUUAUUAUCUGAUUAAAUCCUACAGUCGUGUGUUCUGCACAUGUGCGCUUUCACACCUGUGGAAUACUCCACACCUCUGUGGAGGUUGCUGCAGAAAGGUUUCACUCUGAGCCCUGGCUUCAAAAGGUGCCGGUGUGAGAAACUCUGAUCACUGGAGAUGUGUAAAGGAGCGGCUGGAUUUCAACAAGAAUGUUACGGUUUCGGUGAAAAUAUCAGCUCUGAUGCUUCAGACUGAAAGCCUCUCUGAAGCUUUUCCAUCAAGAAAAGAUUCAAAAUAUUAUUCCAAAACAAUUCUAACUCAGUGUGGACAUGCACAAAAUGGGAUGAUACGUCAUUUUUAAUAUUUUCCGUGUUAUCAAAUCAUAUGGAUGCACCACAAACAUUCUAAAGUUCAUGGUUUUUAAAACUCACCUUUGGAAAGGUAUUUUUUUCUUUCUUUUUUUUACUGAACUGAAAAUAUUUGGUUUCCAAAAUAUCUGGUUUGUGUGGACAGGCCUUUAGUUCAUAAACUUCUAACUUGCUACAGAAUUUUCACCUAAUUUGUGAGACAAAUGAAAGGUACUUUCGAUUGCUACUCGUCAAGGUAAAGCAACCAGAGCAGAGCCACAGAGGAUGACGGUUUGACAUUAUCAUCCCAGAGGCUUUACCUGGAUAAUUUUAUGUCAUAAAGUCAAACUGUAGCAAAUAAACUGUCUUCAGUUGUUAAAAAUCUCUGCCUUCUCAUAAAGGUCAGAGAUCUUGUGCCAUAUCAUUAUGAAGACUCAUUAUUUCAUAUAAAACUAAAAAAUAAAUAAAUAAAAAAACACAAAAGAAGAAAAAUGAGCCAACUCAGAGUUUCUGAGUCCUGAACAAGAGAGACUGUAAAGAAAAAAAGUUUUUCAUACAUUCUGUAUCAGAGAUGUAGAGCAGAGAAGAAGGACUUUGGUGGGUUGCAAAAACAUGGAAGCUUGUGAUUUUGUUACACAAUGAAAUUGUACCUUUGUUAAAUGUAUGCCAACUUUGGAAUCACAUGACUACAGCAUUCAACGCAUCUAUGUGGAUUUUAUGAUUUCUGAAGAAUAAUAAUAGGCUAUUUGAUGUUUCAGAGUACUGAGCAAAAUCAGAAUUGCGUUUCUAGGUGGCUUUUGAAAACAGAAGGAAAUGGCUUUUUAAACAUGAUAAAUGACUAUGAAUUAUCUGCAAAUUCCAGAUGAGAUGUGUCCAUGUUGCAGAUAUUUGUCAAACUCUGGUUGCAGUUUGGAAGUAUAUGGAACUUGGCUGGGCUGCAGCAGCUAAAAUGAUGAAAAUCAUGUAGCCAUAUUACUACAUCAGACCUCACAAGUCAAAUAUGCAGACAAAGGAUGAAAUUAGGCCAAAAGAGCUUAUUUAUAUGUCACUCUACCUGGAAGUUUCUGAUGGCUUAAUCAGACCAGUAGCAUCUCUUUUAAAGGCAUUUCCAACCUGACUUUCCACAUAUUGUUUUCUCUUUAGCAGUACAAACUCCAGUAGGUAAUACAUCUGUUGCUGCAGGGUAAUGGAGGGUAAAAGAUGUGUCCAAACGGUAGAGAUGCUAAUUUUCCCAAGGCCGUCCAAUGAAUCCACAGAAGUCAAGGUGAAAACAAAUACCUUGUUUUUCUAGAUUUCUGUGAUUUCGGCAGGUCCAACAUUUCAAAGAGCGAGAAUGAAUGUGCCGUUAUUUGAUUUCAAUUCUUGGAAAAGUAGCUAAAAUCUUAAGGGUUUGUUAAAACCAGUACAAGCUUUCUGUUCUCCUGCAGUGAUUUUACAAUAGCUAUAUCUUAUCACCUUCAGUUAACCCGUGAGCUAACUUUUCAUUGCUGCCAGGAAAUUUAUUUCUAAUUGACCUAAUGUAGGCCUAUUUUACAGGCAACAAGGUAAAACUGUGCUGGAAGACUUUAGUUAUACCAAAUUGGUCUUUGGCAAAAAGUCAAUAUCUUAAUAUUGUUCUUGGAAUGUAAUGUUGGUGAAUCUUGGCACAUGAAUUUGCACUGUCUAACUGCUUUACAUUUAAUGUUGUGUGACAGAAUUUAAAUGUAAAAUUGUGCUAGCAGGUUUGCUAAAGUAUGAACCUCCUCAAAGGGAGCUAAGUUUUUCCAGUAGUUCACACCUAAAAGCUCUAACAUUCGGUACCAACACACAGAGUAUGUUCAACAAACUGUUGAACAUACUCUGUUUGUUGGCAGACAGGCAUUUGGUUCAUAAACCAAAGGCCAUUUAAUUCAAAUGCCUUUGAAUUAAAUUUGUCAGGCAUUUGAAUUAAAUGCUAAAUGCUAGCAUGACUGUAGCUUAGCUAGUCUACAUGUCUGUUUACUACAAACUCAUGAAAUCUCAUAGAUAUAUCUUCAGUUUGAGAAACCCAAAGCUUGAUGAACAUUUUGUGCCAAACUCCAGCUGCCAACCUGUGACCGAACAAUCAUUCUAGAAAGAUAUUGUUUUGCUAGAAGCUAACUAGAUCAUGUUGAAAUCUGAAGUCUCCACAGGGCCUGUCACUGAAAAAAAAUAAGCACCCAGCUAUAUGGGGCAGUCAGUUUGCACUCAGAAGUCAUAACUAAUAUGUUAUAUGUUGGGAAAAUCAAUGUUAACAGGUUACCAAUGGCUGCCACACGUUCAAAAUAUAGUGACAAUUCUAAUAGAAUAUAUUUAUUUGCACUUCUGAUGGUUUGUAUGUCAUGAAAUCAAUCACAAAUCAUGAUACUCAUAUUGAACAAGUUACAGUGUUUUCAUCCAUAAGAUGUAAUGUGGACUUGUAUAAGUUAGCCUGUUCACACAGAACAAUUCUCAAUUUCCACUCAUUUUGCAUCUAUCAGCUGGAAUAUAUAGUUAAAUUCAGGGUGACAUCAUUUCCAGAUUAAGCUUUGACUUCGGUGAUAAAUGGACCAUAACGGUAUAUUAAAAAUAUUAGAACAACUAUGUGAAUGUCAGAUGAUGAUUUUUGUCAGACAAGUGUUGAUGUGUUUUCCCUAAAAACAAAACGAUUUGUGAACAUUUAUCCACAUUUUUGCACCAAGCUGCUCCCAUCUGGUAGGGGACAGUAACCUGACAAGCUUAAGGUGAUAACACCAGAAGGAUCGUUUUUGUGAUAGAAAAGUGUGACUUGGCAAUUUCUGCCCAAAUUUUCAUCCAGGAUCAACUCAUUGCAAUGUGCCAUAUUUUAUCUUGCGUCAUGUACAAGACAAAAACUAUUGUGGAAGCUUCUGAUAUGAUGAAGUUGGUUCAAUUUUACUCCCUUUUCAUUUGUGGCUCAUGUGUAAAGAAGAAUCUUUGUUGAACAAAAGUCAAGGCUACUAGUGUUACUAGAGUGCUAAUGCUGCAAUAUGUUAUGUGGAUGUAUGAAUAUGUAUGUGAGAAAUAAGAAUUAUUUGAUCAACUGUUACAAUGACUUUAUAUAAAAAUCUUUCCAAGCA